UGAUUCUGAACAGUGUCUCGUCGAGCAGGUCACGCGCGCACGUCCCGACCACCCACAUACGCUACUGAGGAAAUGGCCGUGCGCUUUCUGACCGCAACGAGAAGAUAUCCUAUCGAUUUGUGCAGGUUGACACCAAGUGCGGUCACCAGGUCCGUUGUAGGCCUCUUCAGCACUGCAGCGGAACAGCGCAGUGCUGGUGACGACUGUCAUGGUGACGAUGGAGAUGACGACCACAGGCACUCUGUGACACAUGUCAGGACGUUGGAGAUGAGAGCUAGAAAACUGGAAGAGCAGGUUCAUGACCUCACGGAGAGAUACAAACGAGCCCUAGCUGACUCAGACAAUGUUAGAAGAAGAACACAGAAAUUUGUUGAGGACGCCAAACAAUUUGGGAUUCAGAGUUUCUGCCGUGACAUUGUGGAGGUUGCAGACCUGAUAGAGAAGAGCGCAGAAGUUGAGGAGAGAGAUGGAGUGCAGCAGCUGACACAAUACCUGGCACACAUACAAGGGCGGCUGCAGGACGUCUUCACCAAACAUGGACUGGAGAAGAUGAGCCCUGUGGGAGCCACCUAUGACCCUUAUCAGCAUGAAAUAGUCUGUCAUACUCCAGCAGAGGGAGUGGAGCCCGGCUCCAUAGCUGUGGUCAAGCAAGAUGGUUAUAUGCUACAUGGACGCACCAUUCGCCAUGCCCAUGUGUGUAUUGCUGUGAAGACACAGGAGCAGUGACAGGCCCUUGGUUCACUCCUCUCUUGCCUUAUUUUCUUCUUACAUCUCUAGACAACUACACAUUUGACUUACUCUUUGAAGUAAUGGUUAUUUAUAUAUAUUUGUAAAUGUUUUUCUAACUUGUAACCCUACACAGAUAAAUUAGGCCGUGUUAUUUGUGUUUUAGUUUUGUUUUUGUUUGUUUUAUGUUGAACCCAGAUUUACAGAAUGUCCAAUGCCAAUUUCAUGUCUGGAAAGAUUCGUUAUUGUUUUGUGUGUGUUAAAGACAGUAUAAUAAGAAUCAUGGUGUUAAAUUGACUC